AUGGCGCCGGGCUCCCCGCGGGUGACAAGCGGGGCCGGGUCUGAGCAGAGCCGGGAAACUGGCAUAGACAAAACAGUUAACAGUUUUAGGGAACAUGCCACUGCUGGGAAUGUAGCUAAAAGCCUGUUAAAACAAUGGGAAAGGCUUUUUUCUCCAAAAAGUAAAAGUGAUCACAGAGGAAGAAAAAAUAAUGAAAAAGAAAAAUGUGAGACAAAAUCUUCUGUUUCCAAGGAGAUUAAGCCUUCAGAGAAACCUGAAACAUCUGUACUGGCCUUUAGAAGUUCCAAUAGUGCUCCCAUUUCUACAAAAUUGAAUAAGAAGCAUAUUGGUAGUGAAAAGACCCUUCAAAGUACAAAUUCCGAGUCUCUGAAAGAAUGUGACAAUAAAGAAUGUAGCAGCAGUGGUUCUAAGCAUGCUUCCCAGGGUACCUAUUCUCAGGCUAAAGAAAGUGAGUUCAAAGAGAGCACCUCCACAGAGAGCAAGAAAAUUUCAGAAAAGCAGCAUUCCUCUGCAGCUGAUAAAGGCUUAUUGCCCCUGAAGGAAAAGCCUAGUAAGGAUGCUUCCAAACAGAGAAAUCCUAAAUGUGUGAAGAAACUAAAACAAAAUCUGGUCAUGAAAGACCAAGCCAAAUCAUCUAGUGAUGAGGAAUUUGAACCCCCUGCCAUGUCAUUUGAAUCUUAUCUUACUUAUGAUGAGGUUACCAACAAAAGAAAGAGAAAGGCUUGCUCUACAGGUGCACGGCCAAAAAUGUGCAGUGAACAGAAGAACAGCUCAUUACCACUAAAGACUUCAAAACUUUCUCGGGCAAAAGGAGUUGAAGAUGUAAAAAAAUGUGAGAGUGGUCAAUCAGAAACUCCCAAUAAAAAGGCCAAAGUGGUAUCCCUCCAAGAGCUUCUUAAUACUCCACUACCUAAAACUCUGCCAGGCAUCUCAGAAUCAUCUCCCCCAUGUGCUACAGACUUUACAGUGUCUGUUGCACCUGUUGCAGAAGCACCCCAGCAAGUCAGUGAGAUGGUUGAAUUCACUGGACAGAGACUGAACUCUAAAAUGCAGGUUUACUCUGGCUCUAAGGCAGUCUGCCUUUCGAAGAUGCUGACGCUGUACGAGCAGUGUGUCCGCAUGCUUCACAACAAUAUUGAGUUGCUACAAGAAGCAGGAGGUGUGCCUUUUGAAAUUCUUGAGCCUGUGCUAACACGUUGCACACCAGAGCAGUUGUUUCGAAUAGAGAAAUGUAAUCCGAUGUUUAUAGAAGAGACUGACCACUUGUGGAAGAAACACUGCCAAAGAGACUUUAAAAAUGAGAGCCUCCUGGAAUACGAGUCUUGGCGUGAAAUGUACUGCAGACUGUUUCAUCAGAGAGAAGAAAAACUGAAGAUCCUUACAAAAAAUAUUCUUUCAGCUCAGUCUGAAAAACCAAAAGGCAGGCAAGUAAAAAUGGCUUAUGUGACUGGUGCAGCAAAACCAUCCAGGAGCGUUUGCCAACAGCAAGAAAUCCAUGGGAGAGCAGGACCUGUCAUCCAGCUUCAUCCCACAGAGAAGUGCAAAGCAGGGAUUCUAGAAAUGAGAGACAGAAAUAACACAUUAUCAAAUCUGAUACUUACUGGCAGCAGCAGAAGUUCUAGCUCAUGUGUCAUCAUUCAAGAUGGAAAGAAGCCUACCAAAAAAAUAGCACCAAUCAUGAAGAAAACAUUGAAAGCGCUGAGGAGCAGAGUUGGACACUGAUAAAAUGAGGCUGUGUAUUUGAAGCUUAUUUGACAUGAUUGUAUAUUAUGCUACAGUGAAUGAAAUCAAUGUUCAUGUAAGCACUGUUCAAUUUGCUUUAGUU